AUGAGCAUGCUGAGGCUUCAGAAGAGGCUUCCCUCCAGCGUCCUUCGAUGUGGAAAGAAGAAGGUAUGGCUUGACCCCAAUGAAACCAAUGAAAUUGCCAACACCAAUUCCCGCCAGCAGAUCCGGAAGCUGAUUAAAGAUGGGCAAGAUAUCAGGAAGUCCGUUACUGUGCAUUCUCGCGCCAGAUGCCGGAAAAAUUUUCUGGCUCGACGGAAGGGCAGGCACAUGGGUAUGGGUAAGAAAAAGGGUACUGCCAAUGCUCCUAUGCCUGAGAAGGUGACACGGAUGAGGCAAAUGAGGAUUCUGCACCGUCUGCUCCGAAGAUACUGUGAAUCCAAAAAGAUUGACCACCACAUGUACCACAGCCUGUAUUUGAAGGUGAAGGGAAAUGUGUUCAAGAAUAAGCGAAUCCUCAUGGAGCACAUUCAUAACCUGAAGGCAAACAAGGCCCGGAAGAAGCUCUUGGCUGACCAGGCUGAAGCUCCCCGGUCCAAGACCAAGGAAGCACGAAAGUGUGGGAAGACUGUCUGCGGGUUAAGAAAGAGGAGAUAA